UCUCCCUGCCGGCAGCUCAGAGACCACAGCGUAGGGGACUGCUGCUGCUGUCGCCACCGCAGCCUCCGCCACCACGGAGGAAGAGCAAGGGAAGGAUGUGGGUUUUUGGUUACGGGUCCCUCAUCUGGAAGGUGGACUUCCCCUAUCAGGACAAGUUGGUUGGAUAUAUCUCAGGCUACAGCAGGCGCUUCUGGCAGGGCAGCACCGACCACCGCGGGGUUCCUGGCAAGGGUUGUGUUUGGGGUGUUGCUUACAAACUGCCAGUAGGAAAGGAAGAAGAAGUAAAAGCAUACCUUGACUUCAGAGAGAAAGGAGGCUACAGGACCUCAACAGUCAUUUUUUAUCCAAAAGAUUCCACAACAGAACCAUUCAGCGUGUUGCUAUAUAUUGGAACAUGUGAUAAUCCUAAUUAUCUUGGUCCUGCACCUCUGGAAGACAUUGCUGAACAAAUUUUUAGUGCAGCUGGUCCAAGUGGAAGAAAUACAGAGUAUCUUUUUGAACUUGCAAAUUCUAUUAGAAGCCUUGUGCCAGAAGAUGCAGAUGAACAUCUUUUCUCUUUGGAAAAAUUAGUAAAGGAACGUUUAGAAGGAAAACAGAACUUCAAUUGCUUAAAAAGACCUAAUUGACUUUUCCAAACAAACCAAGCUUUUAGUCUUCAGAGACCAGCUUCACUGCACAAUGGCAAUAUGACCUGUAAACGUGUUUACUUGAAAAUCUUAGUUGUGUUUAAUGGUGUAGUCAAGAUAUCAUCUAAAUUUAAUACUUUAAUUGAAAGUGGCCUGAAACAUAUACAUAUUCAAAAUAUUGGGAUAUAGUUAAAGAAAAAAUGUUUUCAAAAAUAUAAUGAUUUUCCAGCCAUAUGAUACUGAAUACUUGCUCAUGAGAAGUGAGUUCUUUAGAAAAAUACAAUGAAGGACUUAGUUCAGAACUAGUUUUUAUCUGAAUAAAUAUAAUUCUGUUGUUUCAUAUCACAAUACUAUUUUGAAGUUGUAGAGAGUUAAACCAAAAGUUCAGUAAAUAUAAGGCUAUACCUUCAGUAUAUUCCCAUAUAUUAACUCUGUAAUCAUGGUUUUAAAUAAGCUUAAAAUAACGUGUAAUUAGAAACAUAUGGCCAUAUAGACAAGAUUUUGGCCUUGAAUGUGAAUUUCCUUGUUUAGGUAUUAAAUGAAAUCCUUUCCAAUUUAAGCCAAAAAAAUUACCAUUUUAAUAUAAAAGUUUCCUUGGAAUUAUUAUGUACUGUACCUCUCCUUUUUUGAAUAAAUGUAUUUUACUACAUGGAAAAAACCCUUUCGGCUAGCAAAGCACAAAUUAUACAAAUCACGUCUGCUAACAAUGUAGUCUGUCAUUCACUUUGUAUUGAUCUUAUACUGAAACUUAAAAAAAACAAAGAUGGGCUUCCUGAGAUAACAAAUUAACAGAAAUAUAUAUAGUGAAAGUUUGCUGUUUGAAAUGGUGUUUAGAAUCUGUAACUUUUUUAAGUAAGAAGUGGCAUUACCUGA